AUCGAUUUUCCCAUUUGUUGCAGGAACCCUAAUGACCCGCGCGCGGAGCAGCAGAGCCACAAGUGGGAGGAGGACAGAGAGACUCGCAGCAGGUUCAAGGACAUCCAGUGGGAGAAGUACGAGAUGAGCACGCAGCUGUACCUCAGCAUCACCCAGAAGCCGCGGCUCAAGAGCCACUACCGGGGCCACCGCAUCGCCAUCUGGCUGGACCUGAUCCCACAGCUGCACCGCGCCGGCGGCCAGGACGUGGCCAUGCGCCACCACCACUUCCACGAGAAGGGCGAGCGCUACUUCUCCGGCUCCGUGCGCCCAGAGUCAUCCACCGCCUUCCCGCCGGUGCCGGACUUCCUCGUGCCGUCCACGGCCAGCCCGGCCGCCGCCGCCGGCCCCCCGCAGCACGAGUGCCCGCCGGGCAACCUGACGGCCGAGCUCGCCGUCGAGGAGGUCGGCGUCGGCCCCGAGGACAACCCGCUACGACCCAGCGAGGCGGACCCGGGCCACAACACCGUCCUCCCCGUCGACGACGACCACGGCUUGCUGCACGGCUUCUCGCCGGGGCAGUUCUUCAGGUCCAGCCUGGCACUGGGCGUGACGCUGGGCGCGGGCGGGCUGCUGCUGGUCCUCAACGUGGUGGUGCUGAUCGCCAUCCUGUACCAGCGCACGCGCAAGGCGCGGCAGGCCCGCCGCAAGCAGGACUCGAGCCCCGGGGGCACGUCGGGCGCCUCGAGUCAGGAGGAGGGCCUCGGCGGCCUCGGCCAGGGCCUCAGCGCGGAGGGCCUCAACGCCAUGCCCGCGGCCACGCCCCUCACCGCGCUGGGGGUCACCACGCUGCCGCGCGCCUCCAAGCAGAACGGGCCCCUGGACGUGCUGCAGGUGGUGCCCCCUCGCUACACCGGCAUACCCGUGCCGGGCCCGCCGCCCCCGCGGGUCGUCUGCCCUCCGCCCAUCGUCGUGCCGCCGCCCCUGGGCCCGCUCGGGUCCUCUUCGACCAACCCCAGGCCGCCCAAGAAGCGCGUCCAGAUCCAGGAGAUCUCGGUGUGAGCCGGUGGUGUCUCGCCUGCCGACAAAGACUUGAAAUCGCUGGUGCUAACUUUUUGAAUGCAAUGAUAGGGACAGACUAUGAAAAGAACUUUUUAUUCAUUUCUUUAAAAGGAAAGAUUUUCACUAUAUCUGACCUGAAAAAAGGAACACUUAGACGGAAAACGUCUCUUUUAAGGGUAAAUUGUUACAUUACCUCUAAUUCGGACUCUGUUAAAAAUCAGUUAGUACGAUUCUUUGUUGAUUUUUAAAGAACAAAUGGAUUGGGUCAUCAACAUAUAGUUAAAAUCAAGUUUUUAAUGUUAAUUUUGGCUCCAACUAUAAUGAAUAAAGGGAUGCUAGUUCUAAAGAGCAGGUUGUUAGCGCCGAUAUUAUCUAGAUGUAAGAAAUGAUGAUUCCAUGUGUGUUCCAAUAAGUAAAUAACUUUCCUGUGUCAAAAUAAAAGCCAUGCUAAGGGGCAGUUUACAAAAUAUAUGUCACGCCUUUUUGGCCAUUUUUCGACCUAUUGUCACAGUGAGUUACGAUUUUGACUCACUCUCCCUCCCCCUGUGACGUCACAUCUUCCCAUAUUAGAUCCCUGGUAAUGAAUUGAAUGACGACAUUUACAUGUUCUAGGGACGUUAGGGCUGAUACAGAGGAACUACAACUAUGCGGAAGUUCCGUCUCCCGUCGCUAGAUCUCGCUAAUCGCGCGGCUCACAAGGGAAGGUUUUCCGGUGAUACACUCAGAUUUCAAUGGCGCUUCAAAGUGUUGUUGUUUUCAUCCCUAGAUUAGGUUGUGCAUUGGAUUCAGCUGCCCGUAGGGAGUUUGAAGGUCGUAUUACGCGAAUUUAAUUGAAAAUUGGCCAAACUUUUUAGCCUGAUUAUUAACUUUACAUGCACGUAUCUCAAGAACUGUUUGAGCUACAGCGCCCAGAUUUUGAGGGAAAUCAUAAUUUAGGACGUUCUUUACUUGUAGAAAAUUUGAACGAAAUCGAUUAGGGUCGCAAAAAACGGGUCCGGAGAGGGGGUUGCGACCCUAGGCACCUUUUGGUGAACACCAUUGAUUUGGUUCAAAUAUUUUUCAUGGAAAGUACUAAUUGAAGGAUAAUUACCUGCAAAAUCUGGGCGCUGUAGCUCAAAGGGUUUCGGAGAUAUGUGUAUGCAAAGAUAGCAAAAAACCGAUGAAUUUGGAAAAUUUUUGAUGACAUUCUUGUAAAAUGACCCCCCAACUCCCUACGGGCAGCUUAAACCAGUGCCAAUCCUAAUCUAGAGGUGCAAACAAUUACUCUUUAAAGCGCCUUUGAAAUCUGACAGUAUCACCGGAAAACCUUCCCUUGUCAGAGCUCACUAAAUGCCUUCGAAAAUAAUCAUAGUUUUGCAGGAAGUCAGUCAAGGUGUGACGUCACAGAGAUCUUGUACCCUCCUACCCCCCCCCCCUUUUCCCUCCCACCCCCGUUGUCACAAUUAGUCACAAAUUCGGCUACCCCUCUGCCCCCCCCCCCUCCCCAAAAAAAGGGGGUAACGUAUUCUGUGAACUGCCCCUAAGUAUGAUGACUUUGACAUAUUUACUUGCAAAAUGAAAAGAUAAGAAGUUGGUUUUGUGACAAGACUUCUGUACUCAGCCUUCCUCGCCUAAACAACCACUGAAAAUUAAAUAUGUUAUUUAUUCUGUCACGAUUCUUCCAGACAACCUACCUAUUCAUUUUUUAAAUAAAAAAAUCCUUGUCAGAUA